AUGGUAAAUUCUGAUGGUGACUCUUUAAUUUCGUAUUUUGUUCAUCUAACAGCUCAACGCAAGUCCCAUGGUUUGACUCUCAGUGCAGACAUCUUAAAUAGUUCGGAAUCGAAGAAGUUUUUAGAUUAUGGUAAACAUAUAUUGCAUGAUGAUUAUGUGAAGAGUAUUGAAUUUAUUAAGCAAAUAGCUAAUGAAAGAUUUGAUAGUGAUGUAGAGAAGCGUAUAGAAGUAUGUGAGAAACUAGAGAAAAUAUUGAAAUCUGAUCAUAUAUACUCUUCACUAAUCAUUUCAUAUAUUUUGCAAUUACUUAAUGAUAAGGAUGUGGCUGUAGUAAUAUCAGCUGUUGACUUUCUACAUAGGACAAUAAAUAUUAUUAUUCCUAAUGUAUUACUUCCCUUGUCUGUGAAGCAUUCUAUCGUAUACACGGAUAUGAACAUAGAACAAAAUUGGAAGAACUCCCUAUGCACUUGCACUCACCAGCAUGUAUCAGACACUCAACUAGAUUUUGAAGGCUGUAAGUGUUGUAGUAAAGGUUGGUGGUCAUCAAAACUUUCUAUUGGAUUAUGCUUAGCAACUAACACUACUUUGAGAAACUUGAGGGAAGUCAUCAAGUGCAUAGCAAGAUAUGUUGAAACCUAUGGUAAAGAGGGUGCAAGCAAGAUUUCUUGGUACGAAGAACAUAACGAAAUGCCACAGUCGAUACAUUUCUCUUGUUUAAUUGAAUGUAAAGAUUAUAAUAAAGAAACUAGAGAUAAAAUUUACACUUUGGAAAGCAAAAACGAAGCUCAAUACAUAAAUCUAUAUAGAAAGUGUCUCAAAUUAUCAAACUUAAUUCUGCAAAUAUGCUCGCUUAGCUUGUCAGGUCACAGAAAAACCCAUGAACCAGAGAAUAAAUCAUCUGUAAUUACAGCUUCAAGAACUGGGUGGGUAUACCCUAUUAACUCUGGAAAAGUUUAUUCUUUAGAAGAAUUCCCUAUAGAAGUACUGGUUAAUAAAGAUACUUCUUGCAUUUUAGAAAGUAUUGUCAAUUUACUAUGCAAACCAAUAGAAUCAGUAUUAACUGUAGCAAAUCCUUUUAAGCAAGAACUUGGUUCAUUAAACUUGUGUCUUGGUUUUCAAUGCUUAGGUUGGCUAUGCUUUAAACGACCUCAAUUUUUAUCAAGGUUUCUUUGCAGUAUUAAACAAAGUAUAGAAAAUAUUACUAACUUUGAGAAGAAAUUAGAUGAGAAGUUGCUUGCACUACAAUAUAUUUGUCAAAAGGAACUUUUAAGAAUAUUUGCUUGUCCAAAUUUGAAAUACAUAUCAUUAUAUAUGGGGGAACUUGUUAAUUUACUUCGUCUAUUGGGUAGAACUGAAGAUUUCAACUUGUUAAGGCUUGAAGCCUAUAAUAUUUUUAACAGUUCCGAGAGCUCAAAUGAAGAUAUACGAAUGGAACUAAAAAAGAGAAUUAGUAAUAUAGGGGAUGAUAUAAAAUCUCCUGUCUUCAUACCAUUUCCUCCUGCCGAAGCUCAAAGAUCUAGAAGUAUUUCUUCACGAUAUUCAUAUAAACGGACUAGAUACAACGUUGAUCAAGGCCAUUAUGAAAUAUUACCCCAAAGUGUAAUAGAGGGAGUAAGCUGGUUAUUUGCAACCAAAAAUUAUUCAAGUAUUGUCGAUACUGUUUUAGCAAACUUCCUAAAUCCAAAAUUACCAGAUGACAUACUGGUAGAAGUAGAACAAAAUUGUCCUGGGAAGAAAAUAAACUUGGAUACUUUUAUGAAUCUUUCUAAUACUCCAUGGUCAAAUAAAUUUUCUCCAUUAGCAGAUAAUAAACUUAGUAUUGAGAACAAGUUACUAGAUAAACAAUAUAAAUUAAACUCUCAUACUAAAAAAAGUGAUUGUCAUGAAAAGGAUGACCAAAUACUCACUUUUUAUGAAUGUACUAUUACUGAUUCUAUCGAGAAGAUGACGAUGAAUUCUGAUACGAAAUAUUCUAACAACACCUUAGUUAAAGAUCUUUAUAAUAUGGUAGUUUGUCCAGAUAGCAAAUGGCUAAAAAGUAAGUCAAAUUCUAUAAAAGCAGUUAUCUUUGCUCAGAUUGCAUCCAGUUUGUUGCUAUCUCCACUUAUCUCUUUAUCUGCUGAGGGUGUAUAUGAAUCUGUAGAUCCAACUAAUAAUUCAUUGGCUAGCAGUCUCAAGUAUGGUCAACAAAUUAUAUCUGCAUGGGAACUUUUUCUUAGACGUAUUUUAGAUUCUGGUAAAGAAAAGUUUUUACCUUCCUUUGAGAGUUAUGGCAGUGAAGUUGGGUUAGCUUGGGGGCUAUUUUCGAGAAGACUCAACGAAGGUUUUAUUAGUAUCAAACAGAAAUACAAUAUUCUUAUACGACUCUCUAUGUUACAUAACAAGUUAGAAAAUUCAUUUCAAUGGAUUUUAAUUGAAACAAUAAUAUUCACUUUGUUUUCAGAAACAAAUGAUUUAUUACUCGCACUAGUACUAGUAUCAGACACCAGUUCACAUAUACAGAAUAAGUUUGAUAUAAAUAAAACUGGAGACGCUUUAAAUAUUGGCAAUGAAUAUGUCUUUGUGUUCAUGGACAAUUUACUGAAAGAAGAGCACAACGGUGAAAGAAUUCAAGAAGUUUUUGGAUUGUCUCAAAUAAUUUGCAUUGGUCUUCUUUGGUCAUAUGGUAUUGUCUGGGAAUAUAGAGUCGAAAUUUUACUGGAUAUACUGUUCCGUUUUUACUCAAAUAAGAUUUUAAAUAUUGUUGGAAAUAAUCCACUUAAUUUUACCUUGAGGAAAAUUGAUGUAUCAAAAAACUCCAUUAAUUGGAAGUGGCUGAUUACCGGAUUAUAUUGUGAGAGAGAAGAAUCUACAAAUAUUGUAUGUGGAACACAAAAUAUUAGUGAUAAUAAAAUCAGUGGAAAUGACAGGGAUGCUGGAGAUGAGUUCUAUUACAAUCAAAUUUUUGAUUUGGGAUUAAGAGUAAUUAGUUCAGCAAUAACAUCUAGUGAUCAUCCAGCUGAAAAUAUGUCAUCUUGUAUAAUACUAAGUACAUUACAUAAAUACUUUAUAGAAUGCCCAGAAGUCCCAAUAAGCUCAGUAAUUAGUUUAUAUGAUGAUUGGAUGUUAGGUGAGGCUCAAACGAAGCGGCUGUAUGCAAUUAACAUUUUAUGUGGUGUUAUAAAUCAGAAAAAUCCAGAGUCACAUUCUAAAAAAGCAGCAUAUUUUGCUUUAGUAUCAUGCUGCUAUGCUACUGAUAUCUAUAUCCGUCAAGAUGUUAUAAGAUAUGUAUCAAAUAGGUUUUCUAACCUAGAUAUGUCAUGCGAUGGUAAUAAAGUAAACUGUGAGAAAAAUAACUUGCCUGAUUUCGAAGAUUUGCCAGAAUGGCAGAGACCAUAUGUUUUGCUUAAAGAUCAUGAAACGAAGUUUAAAAGUAUAGAAUAUACUCAUAAUUACAGGAAUUCCACAAACUUAACGUAUACAGAGGAGAUAUGUUCUGCUUAUACUCCACCUCCUAGUUCUAAUUUGCUUUGUGAUUGUGUAGAAUAUUCAUAUCAGUGGUACAACUCUAAAAUAUAUGGUGAAAGAUGGAUAGAAGCAAUUGCAUUUUUAACUUUUCAAAGUUGUAUCUUAGAAGAUUCUCUUUCUGAAAAUAGGCUUAAAAUUUGUUGUAACCCUUUCAUUGAAAGAUGUGUCAAAUGUAUUUCUAAACAAACAGCUGUUUCUGCUACUUCUAAAGUCUCAGAGACAUUUAAAGAUAUGGAAUUACUGGAGAAAAAUUUGGGAGAUGUAAAGUUAGAGAUUGAUACUGAUAAUAUGGUAAAACUAGAUAAAAAUGAAGAUAAUGACUUAAAUAUUAAGGAAGAUAUUGCCAAAAUAAGGUGCAACUUAUAUAAAUAUUGUUGUAUAAAAAAACCUGUAUUGAUACACUUCCUAUUUUACUUGUCCAAUUAUGUAAACCAUUCAUCAUCAAUGUUUACAUCUGUUUUUGAGCCUCUACUAGAUGAGAUAGUAAGGUCUAUACCAGAAGUUUACCACCCCGAGUAUAUUAGAAUUGUGAAAAUAUAUGGGAGUAAAUCUAAGGAUAAUAAUUGUUAUUUAAGAUUCAUCACAUUAAUAUUAAGAAUUAUCGCUUCAAGAACUACUGAUGAAAGUCAAAUAAACAAAGAUUUACUGACUGAGCUUCAAGUAAUAUUUGAGGAAUUUGGUAACUUCUACUUGGUGAUUCCAAUGAUUGGCUUUUAUGAAAUUGAUAUAAUAAAACAAUAUUUACCCAUAUUGAUCAAUACUGGUGAUAAAAUAUUGUUAAAGCAUACAAUACAGAAUAUACUAUCUCCAGAUGGAAAACAUCUUGAAAAUUCAAGAAUUAAAUCAAAGAUCUCAUCUGAAGAUCUUUUAAGAAUGGCAGUAUCAUAUAGCUAUCCAGAAGUAAAGAAUGUCGAUGCAAGACGUGCUGUUGACAUUGUUGAUUGUUGUUUUGAACUAACUCAGAUUUCACCUCCAUUGUUUGAUUCCGAUACUAUUGCAUCUGUGUUAGGUAGAUUUGCACAGGAGGAUAUGCCAACAUUUCCUAGAACCCUUGGAAGAGCUAUGGUUUUGUCAAUAUUAUAUAUUCCAUCAAUCAAACCUUUCAUUGCUUCUUUUGUUAUAUCAUCACUUAUUAGGAGUCGUAGGGUGUGGGAUGAUACUUUAACAUGGAGAGGUAUCCGACAUUGUAUACAAAAAUUGUGGACAGAUUACAAAAAUAUACUUCUACCUAGUUUAAUACUACUACCUAGAAGUGAAUUUGAAGUUAUAUUCCAUGAAUUGCUUGAGACAAAUUCAGAUCUUCGUGUGGACUGUUUGGAUAUUAUUAAACGAUCGGUUAGUUUAUAUUCACUACCUGUCUAUAAUAAAUUAAUAUAUUGUUCAAUAAUUAAUUUUAGGGUUUAA